AUGGCGGGCGCUACUUUCUCAACCAUGCCGAACGAGCUCGUCAGAAUGAUCGUAAACUGGUGCAAGAAUGGACAAGACGCCCGCAGGCUUUGUCUCGUGGACAAGAAAACCAGCCCGUCAGCUCAACAUCAUUUAUAUCACUGCAUCACGUUUGUGCCCGGAAACUUCCUUCGACUCAUAUUUCUCGUCCGAACGCUGGUCGAAAACCCAAAUCUCCGUGGCUUGAUUCGCCAUGUAGACUUCUGUCUAGGCUGGGACGCUCGCAUGUACCCAUACAGCAUGAAUGCCCCUUUCAUUCUCAGCGAUUGGCACAACUUGGUGUUUGACGAAAGCAAGCUCUCCGUCUGUGAAAGUCAGCUCUUGCUACUAUGCAGAGUCAACUCCGCAACAGGUAGCAGGCUGCAAUCGCCAAAAGUCGUGGGGUCUAUCAUGGGCCUGCUGCUCUGCUUGUUCAACAGCGUUGUUCAGCUAACCCUGACACAGCUUGGAAUUGAUUUCCUAGAAAUGCAACUGAUGGGAUUUGGACAAAUGCUGGUUUCUGCCAUUCGCGGUGGCGACCCUGUGAAGCAAACAUUCUGCCCAAAACUCAAGUCGCUCUUCCUAAGACCGAGCUGUCAACAUACGCGGAUUUCGAGAUAUUAUGGCAAGAACUUCCAAUUGAUACAAUUCUUCCUUGCCCAUCCGACUCUUGAGGCGUUCACUUCCAGGUACGACAUUGGCAGCUGGGAUUUUCUCGACACCCUGGGUGAUGGAACACCUCUUUCAAUAAAGAAACUCAUGAUUUUGCGCACAAAGACGAAUGCAUUAACUCUCAGCAAGGUCCUGCGCCGAUGCCCAAAGCUCACGCAUCUCUACGUUGACGUCGACGCAGGACGGAUGGAGAGCGCAAAUGGCCACGGUCAACCAUUGGAGCAAGAGUUGGGCGCCGUGAUUUCGGGUAGUUGCCCUGGCGUUGAGGAAAUAUCCCUACACAUACCAGGUCAUGGGGUGUACAAGUUCUUUGGUCCAUACGCUGAUUUAGAGAUUUCUCCUUUCCUAAAGAGCUUGUCAAACUUGCCUGACCUGAAGGUAUUACGCAUCGGGGUUGCACUAUGCGCUUUUCGCUCUGAAUCACUUCCCGACUGUGCUUCGUGGAUCCCACACCUUCUGCCUCCUCAAGCGCACAGUCUUUUUUUGGAUGGCACAUUCAGCCAGGAGCAUCUGAGUAAGGAACCUUACUUAGCAGGUAUGAGGAGUCUUAUUCUAAAUCUCUGCGGAUCACACCAAGAGAACCAGCUUCGAUUCAAUAACCUGGUCAUCACUGUCCACUUUGGGAGCGACAAGGUUUGGAAUGACAUCUCCAGAGACGCCAGAGCCCAUGGGGCGGGGACAGCGUUUCGACUGAUGAUCAUCCUUGACCCGUCGAUGUUUGGACUUCUUUGGGAGAACUCGAAUGACAUUCCUGCUCUGAUGUCACCACAAGUUCGGCGAGGGCGUGUGCUUUUGGACUCUGGUCUCAUUUGA